AUGAUUCAGAAAAUUGUAGAGAUGAUUACACAGGUUUUUGUUAUUUCCACUUUGUUAUGUUUUGCAAUCAUUCAUGCGUUUAGCAAACCUUCUUUUGUAAGUAACUGGUAUGAUGUGUCAGUCGGAAACAGUUCUGUAGAUAUAGUUCACAGUCUAGGAGUCUAUCCGGUCAAAGUCGAUGUCCAGAUUUUGGUGAAUGAAAACGGCGAAGAUUAUAUAUUUACUGGUACUGGAGCCGCUCAAAGAGACGAUGACAACAAAUAUUACUAUGGUGGACUUGUUUAUAUAUAUAACACAGAUAUUGUACAAAUCAUUAUACCAGAUACAACUUCGAUUUAUGCUGGUAUUGCAUACACAGGUAGUGGAGACCACUAUACGGGACGGUCUUCGAUGUUUUUCACCUCAGGUAAAGUGCGAGCUAGACUUUGGACAGCAUGUGAACUUCCAGUCCCUGUAUUUACACAUAACACUAGCAUGAACGCACUGAAUGCUUCCUUCUUUCAACUGGAACACGGACUUGAUUACUAUCCAGACUUGGUUUCUGUCCGAAUAAUGCUAGAUAAUGGCUUCAUGUCUGACGGUCAAGGAGCGGUAUUCAAUGGCAUCCCUCCUACACCAGAAAAUUGUUUUUCUGGAUUAAUUUAUGGUUACAAUCAGACGUACGUACGUAUUUGGAUUCCUCAAUACUUUUCAGGACAGGGCACAUGUGAGGCUUUAGUUUGCUGUACAUUUGAAGACUGGAGUAGUAAACUGAAAAGAAGAAGUGGGACUGUACAUAUUUUGUUUUGGAAAUUUGAUAACACAUAUAGUUUUAUCAAAACACAUCGAGAGAUCGAUACAUUUUCCUCAGCAGAACAUGUGAGAUUUUCUCCAUGGGAUCUUUCAGAGUUCUAUGUGGUGGUAGAGGUGGAGUCGAAUGCUGAUGGCUUCCGGUUUCCUGGUGCAGGAUCAGCCAUGACAAACUAUGAUACCUUCUACGGAGGGAUUGUUUACGUUUAUACUAACAGUAGUAUAGAAUUUUGGGUUCCAAGUUUGCAUGGUAAUAUAAUAUAUGUAGACAACCUCUGGGGAAACGGCGAAUCCAACUAUAAUGACGAGACUGGGACGAUCAGGGUAAAGCAAUUCGGAUUAAGACAGUAUGAGACAUUAAACUGUAAUAAUGGAACGUGUUCUCAUAUAUAUAACAGUGAUGAUCAAAUAGCCGUUGAAUGUAACUGUUCAAAUAUUAAUUUCAUCGGAGAAUUCUGUCAAAUUCCCACGUGUAAUGAUCCUCCGAAGUACGAAAAUUCACACGUGAUUUAUAACGAGAUGAUAAAUGGUAGCUUAGCCGUUUAUCAAUGUAAUGAAGGGUUUGCUAUUGAUUCUGGUGAUUUUGUACAUUACUGUGAUUUACCCGGUUGGAUUGGACAAUCAGUGGUUUGUACCCGCACAUGUCCGAUACCUUCAUCAUAUAUACAUUCUACAAGAACUUACAGUGGAACCAUACAAGGUAGUUUGGCGGUAUACUCCUGUGAACCUGGUUACGAUGGAUUGUCUGGAGACUUUGUGCAUAUCUGUGACUCAUCAAACUGGGUUGGAAAUAGUCCAAUAUGUCAAGGAACAUGUGCCAUCCCAACAUUGUUCCAAAAUACUUCAAGUUUAUACGAUGGAGUUGCUAAUGGUAGCGUUGUGGCUUAUGUUUGUGCAGAUGGAUUUAUUGCUUCAUCGGGAGAUUUUGUACAAAUAUGUAACUCUACACAUUGGGUUGGAAAUCCACCUGUAUGCCAAGGUGUUUGUGGAAUGCCACCGGAAUACAACCACACAACAUACAUGUUCAACGGUAUAACCUAUGGAAGUAUAGCAGAGUAUACUUGUAAUAAUGGACAAUUUCAUUUUUCCGGAGAUAUAAUGCACCACUGUUUACCACCAAACUGGAUAGGAGUCCCUGUUGUUUGUAGAGAAAAACUUACUAAGAAAGAAGUUACAGAACUUCAGAAUUCAAUUGAAAAGGAACUACAAGUAGAUAAAAAGACAACAUCAUCAUACAGAAGACGUAAGAUUAGUGCGCACGAUCCCCGACUUUCAAGUAAACAAAUUGGUUUGGCUGGGGUUGUUAUUAUGACCACGUGUUUCUCUGUAAUUGUUAUAUUAGACUGUCUCCAAUGUCAUAGAAAGAAACCUUCUACCUCAAACCAAAAUACAAAUACUUCACACAAAUAACUGUUGUUAAAACAGAACAAUGUUAUCAAAGUUCUUGUGAAGAAAACAUCGUUCAAUUGGUUUCGGAGACUGUGUCUUAUUCCGUAUACUUUAUAAAUACAUCGAUGAACACGUUGGUUCAAGCCUGGAAGUAUCUAUACUAUAUUACUUCUACAGUUCAACACAUAGACAUUAAAAAAACAUAUAAAUGGUUACGACACGAAUGCAAUAAAAUGUGAAAUUUAACUCUAAGCUGGUUCUCGGCUGACUACUACACAUUGUUUGUUUGCGUGAAUUGUAAAACAAGCGGAAACCAGUUUAAAAGAAAACCAAUUAUAUCAAACGGCGACAUAUUCUUACAUCCUUUAUUUAACAGUACUAUACAAAGAAUCAUCUCUAAAGAAAACGUUGAAAUAGUGAAAUAUUUUAUGAAUUGACAGAAGCUUUACUUUAUUCGAAACUAGAAAAACUGGAAAGGAGCUUAACUUUAAUAUUUGUAAGUCGGCAUCAUGCAUCUUUACACGUUUAAUAACAUCUCAAUAUGUGUAGGGGAAAGGAAGGAUAUAUAUUGGCAGAACGAACGAAGAUUAAAUGUUUUUAUUGUGCAAAUAACCCAGAAGUAAGGCUUCAAUUACUUUUGCAUUCAAUAUGUGUAGGGGCAAGGAAGGAAAUAUAUUGGCAAAACGAACGAAGAUACAAUGUUUUAUUGUGCAAAUA